AUAGUCACAGUCAAGACUAGACUUGGUCAAACUGUUAAUAUCUGCUACAGUAUGUAAUUGACUACUCAUAAUUCUCACUGCAUAUUAUGUAGAAGAGCAAAAGACAUCUAAAUGUAUCAGAUCUGUUGAUAAUAUCAUGUCUUCGGCAGUCGACGUCUACAAUGUGUCAUCUGAUCUGUCUCUUCAGGGCUUCGAUUUGUCUCCUGAGAAAGCCAUAAUUGCAUUUUUCUUUGCUAUUGUGAAUUAUAUAAUCAUACUGUUGUGCAACUCCUUUCUUCUGUUCACCAUCAUAAGCAAUAAGGCUCUUCAUGAACCCAUGCACAUUCUUCUGUUAAAUUUGCCCAUUAAUGACCUCAUAGGCUCCACAUGUCUGUUCCCUCAUGUCAUGCGGGAGCUUCUGUUUGACACCAGGACUAUGUCGUUCUCCGUCUGCAUUACUCAGGCUUUCUUUAUACAUGUAUAUGCAGUAUCUGCUGUCUUUAUCUUGGCUGCAAUGGCAUAUGAUAGAUAUGUUGCCAUAUGCCAGCCGAUGAGAUACACUACAAUUAUGACCAAUAUCCACCUCGCCAAGAUCAUCUCUUUGGUUUGGCUCUCUAAUUUGAUACUAAUGGCAGUGCUUUUUAUUCUUCUCCUCCGUCUGCCUCGCUGUAGGUCUUUCCUCAACCAUCCAUACUGCGACAAUCCCUCUCUGCUUCAGCUGGUUUGUGCAGAUACGACUAUUAAUAAUAUUUAUGGACUGUUAAUGACAGCCGUGUCUCAAGUGUGUUCAUUGGGUUUAAUUAUGUACUCAUAUUUACGCAUUCUUAUAGCAUGUUUCCGUAACAAACGUUCCGACACGAGGAGCAAAGCUCUUCAGACGUGCGGCACACAUCUGGUUGUUUUUGGCUUGUUUGAAUGUUUGGGUCUUUUCACAAUAAUCUCAUAUAGGAUUAAAGAUAUUUCUAUUCAUCUGAGGAAAUUCAUUGCGGUCGCUGCUAUGAUAUUGCCCCCAACGAUGAACCCUGUUAUAUAUGGACUGAGGACUAAAGAAAUAAGAGUUAAAGGGAUCAAAUUUUUCCACAGAAAAGUUUUUGUGUCAUGAAGAAAAGAAACACAGGAGAGAAUACUGAAAAUAAACCUCACAUUUAAUUUCUACAAAAGUUGAUAAGAUGUAGACAUGCUUUCAUUUAUGUGACAUUAUUAUAUAUUUUUUUAUUUACACACAUUUAUAAGCCAUUUCAGAAGUUGUAAACAUCCUGUACAAAUUCCAUUAUAUCUAACUUAUAUAUUAAUGCUAGAUUUAUUAAUUAUAGUCAAGGUUUAUUAUUAUAUAUAACAUAUCUAAAUAUUUUUUCAUUUUUGAUUCUCUCACAUGCCAUGUUUUGUUGUAAAUGAAUGUGACCAGCCUUUAUUGUUUAAAAUAAAAUAGUUUCAAAGCUAA